AUGAAUAAUACGCAAAAGAUAUUCGAGGAUUCGCGAAUUAGCCCUUUACAGAUCGAAAUAACCAAAUAUGGUGCAGAAAAAAAAAUAUGCAACUUAAAAAAAAAGCAGAAUUCUGAAGAUAAAAUCGUCAAAUUCCGUUGUGAUUUUCCUUCCACGCAAGUUGAAGUGAUGUUGGCAAGAGGUUGGACUCAGAUAGUUGAUCCUGAAGAUACUAAUUGGCACUUAUGGUGGUGCGAUACGGGAGAUGUGCUGCGACAGGUAUUGGAUGGGGACCGAAAGAAGCUGCGCCCUUACCAGCGGGUGCCACACUUCCGUAAUCACUAUGAGCUCACGCGAAAGAAUUACCUAUACCGCAAUCUCAAACGUUAUAGGAAGGCCCUCAUAAGGGCUGGAAAAAUUGCCGAGGCUCGUAUCAGCGAUGUCAUGCCUGUGACCUUCGAGCUACCUAGUGACUAUCUGAUGUUUGUCGAGGAAUAUCAUAAGCAACAAGGAGCCACAUGGAUCGUCAAACCAGUAGCAAGAUCACGCGGCAACGGUAUCUUUCUAUUUAGAAAACUGAAGGAUCUUAUAGAAUGGAAAAGCAGAGAGGUCAAAUCGCAACAUCAGGAUGAAAUUUAUGUUGUUCAAAAAUACAUUGAUAAUCCUUAUCUCGUCGCAGGGCGAAAGUUUGAUCUACGCAUUUACGUAUUGGUGACAUCAUUUCAUCCUUUGAAAGUAUGGUUAGCUAGGGAAGGUUUUGCUCGUUUAUGUGGCCAAUUGUUUGAUCUGGAAAACAUUGACGACAACAGAGUGCAUUUGACAAAUACGGCAAUACAGCUGAAAGCAAGUCAGAAUACCGAGGGUAUCUCUUCGAUAAAUGGCGAGAAUGGGGAGUGGAGCUGUAAAUGGGCAUUGAAUAAGCUCAGGGAUUAUUUGAUAGCUUAUUAUAAGACGGAAGUGGUUGAAAAUUUGAUGCAACGCAUUGCGGGCGUGAUAAUGGCGAGUCUACUGGCAGUACAACCAUCCAUGAUGCAAGAUCGCAACUGUUUCGAGCUCUAUGGCUACGAUAUACUGCUCAGUGAUGAUCUUCGACCUUGGUUAUUGGAAAUCAACGCAUCCCCAGCCUUAACAGGCACCGACAACGAGGAUCAACGUCUGAAAUCAGAUCUGGUUGACGACGUCCUCAAUGUCCUCGACUUUGAGGGUUGCUUCAGCGGACACGAGACCAGAAUUGGGGGGCUGGAUCUGCUCUGGGACGAUGGACCAGUUUGGACCAGCUGCCCAUACCCCGGCAUUCAUACGGAUGUGAUUUCCAAUGAUCUCAGGAGACUCAACAUCUUUCUCGGAGCAAUUAAUGAUCGUCAAAAGCAGCUCUCUUUACUGAAAAGUCAGCUAAUUGAAAAACGAAAAGCAGGACAAAAUUACUCUCCUAUGCUGCAAUAUUAUUUAAAAUAA